AAUUGGUGCAUAUACUCAUUAAAUUCCUACAUGUCAAAUCUCCAUUGGUCAUAAACUUCAAUUCUUACGUGGUCUAGUCUUCAACCAUCUUUAUAUGCAAUAUUACACCGCUACAUAAACAUGAUCAUCGGCGAUUCACCGGCAAAUCGGAAAAACAGCUGAAAUCAAAAGUUAAACAUCCAAAAACCAUAAACCCAUCAACACAAAUCAAUCAAUCACAUUCACGGUGGCUUCCUCAAAUCAAUUCCCGCAUUCUCUCACCCGGAGAAAACCUUCCAACCCUUCUCCUUCUCCUUCUCCUUCUCCUUCUCCUUCUUAUACAGUUAAACCCACCAAUUUCCAAUGUCGGGUCAAUUCUAAGAUCCGAUUAAUCUUGCCUCUCAUGGCGGUGGUUUUCUUUGCUAUCGUCAUCUUCCUCUUUCUUCCGCUUUAUUCCAAUUCCUAUGCUUCUUCUGUUUCCAUUGAUUCUGUCUCUGAUGCUGCUCAGUUAUCAUGUAAAUAUACAGGAAUGGUGGAGGAUUGUAGCUGUGAUUAUGAGACAGUUAACAGCCUUAACAAAGAAGUUUUGCAUCCAUUACUGCAAGAACUUGUUACGACACCCUUUUUCAGAUACUUCAAGGUCAAGUUGUGGUGCGACUGUCCUUUCUGGCCUGAUGAUGGAAUGUGCCGAUUACGUGAUUGCAGCGUAUGCGAAUGUCCUGAAAAUGAAUUCCCUGAAACUUUUAGAAAGCCAUCUAGUGUCCUCAGAAAAGAAGAUUUGAUGUGCCAAGAGGGGAAACCAGAAGCUGUUGUUGACCGAACACUAGACAAUAAGGUGUUUAGAGGCUGGCCAGAAGUUGAUAAUCCCUGGACAAACGAUGAUGAGACUGAUAACAGUGAGAUGACUUAUGUAAACCUACAAUUAAAUCCGGAACGUUAUACGGGCUAUACAGGUCCAUCAGCUAGGAGGAUUUGGGAUGCAAUAUAUUCAGAAAACUGUCCAAGAUAUGCAUCUGGAGAGAUGUGCCCCGAGAAAAAAGUUCUCUACAAACUGAUAUCUGGUUUGCAUGCCUCUAUUUCAAUUCAUAUUGCUGCCGACUAUCUCCUUGAUGAAGCUACUAACAAGUGGGGCCAAAAUUUAGAGAUAAUGCAUGAUCGGGUUUUAAGAUAUCCAGAACGCGUUAGGAAUUUGUACUUCACUUUCCUUUUCGUUCUCAGAGCAGUAACAAAGGCGUCAGACUACUUGGAACAAGCUGAAUAUGACACUGGUAAUCCUGAAGAUGACUUGAAGACUCAGUCCUUGUUGAAACAACUGCUUUACAACUCAAAACUUCGGUCUGCAUGUCCACUUCCGUUCGAUGAAGCUAAGUUGUGGCAAGGGCAAAGUGGGCCCGAGUUAAAACAGCAGAUCCAAAAGCAGUUUAGAAAUAUAAGUGCGCUGAUGGAUUGUGUAGGAUGUGAGAAGUGCAGACUAUGGGGUAAAUUACAAGUUUUGGGUCUCGGUACAGCAUUGAAGAUCCUAUUUUCAGUGGAUGGAGGCAACCACUUGCCUCUGCAGUUGCAAAGGAAUGAAGUAAUUGCACUGGUAAAUUUGCUUCAUCGACUGUCGGAAUCAGUCAAGCUGGUGCAUGAAAAGGGACCUUAUGUAGAGAAGAUAGUCGGUCAAGUUUCAGGAAUUCCUUUAAAAGCAAGCACAUUGCAGCGGUUAUGGCAAUCGGUGAAUGAUUUCAGGACAAAGAAGUCUUCAUGACAAACCACCACUGCAGAUAUUUAUGCAAGCAUAAAUAUGUAGAGAUCUCCAAAUUUUGUACAUUUGCAUACAUGUAGUGAAUAAUGAAUAUGUACAUGUUUGGUGUUUAGGCGGGCGACAGUUGUCUCUGAUUUUGGUAGUUGUUUUGCUGUUCAAAUGCCUAAUCUUCGUAGUCGUUGUCCUUUCUUGAAUAGAAAAGCAGCUGAAGCGAUUUUAAAA